AUGUCUUCCGACACCCAAGAACAGAUCUACGACGAUCUUAAGCUCGGCUGCCAUGCUUACCACGAUGGCUUUUCUACUUCAUACGGCUAUGUUCCUUCAGAAGCAGCAGGAAUGGUAUUCUGCGCACUCUUUGGCCUGUCCAUUGUCGCACACGUUAUCCAAUUUUCUUGGAAGCGGACGUGGUGGUGCAGUGUAUUUGCAAUUGGGUGCGCAGUUGAAAUCCUUGGUUGGGCUGGUCGUACCUGGUCUGCUGUCUGCCCCUACAACGGCACCGCUUUCAUGAUCCAAAUUUCUACCCUGAUCAUAGAGCCUCCCAAAACAGCGCCUGUCUUCUUCACAGCCGGAAAUUACGUUCUCCUCGGUCGCUUCAUCCUGAUAUUCGGUCAAGAAACCUCGUUCCUCUCACCAAAACUCUACCUCUGGAUCUUCUGCACCUGCGACGUAAUCUCCCUAGUCAUUCAAGCAGCCGGCGGCGGCAUGGCAUCAUCCGCAUCCGGCGGCGAAGGCGACACAGCACCAGGAACAAACACCAUGGUUGCUGGCAUAGUGUUCCAACUCAUUUCAACCAGUGUCUUCGUCUACUGCGCCUUCGACUUUCUUCGUCGCGCGACACGCAUGGGUUUACUGAAGAUGACCGAGAUGGGUCCGAUCACAUACAUGAUUGGCGCGAUGGUUGUUUCGGUUGUAGUGAUCUAUAUCCGAUCUAUCUAUCGUGUUGUUGAGCUUGCUGAGGGUUGGGACGGAUAUCUCAUUACGCACGAAGUCUACUUCGUCGUCCUUGAUGGCGCCAUGAUGGUAAUUGCAGUUGCGGUUUUCAAUUUCGCCCACCCUGGCUGGUUGAUGCCUUCUAAUGAAACCUUUUCGCUGCCCAAGUUCCAGAGUCAUGAGAUGGAGGCUCAGCGGUUGAACUCGUCGGAGAGUACCGAGUAUCUUGGCUCUCAGGGUCGGCACCAUGACUCUUGCCAGUAG